GUACGUGAUCAGCAGUUUGGAGCUGCUGGUGGCUGAAGAUUACAUGAUUGUAUAUCUGAAUGGCGCCACUCCACGGAGGAGAAUGCCGGGCAUCGGCUGGCUGAAAAAGUGCUACCAGAUGAUCGACAGACGGUUACGGAAAAAUCUGAAAGCGCUAAUAAUCGUUCACCCUUCCUGGUUCAUUCGGACGGUGCUGGCAAUAUCCCGGCCAUUCAUCAGUGUGAAAUUCAUUAGCAAAAUCCAGUAUGUUCACACCUUGGAGGAACUGGCUCAUACGAUUCCCAUGGAGCAUGUCCAGAUUCCAGAUUGCAUCCUGCAGUAA